GGCGGUUCUGAGGCACCUUUGUCCGGAGGGGGUGGGCCGCGCGGGGCCUCCCAAAGGCGCGCCCGGGACUCGAACCCUGGCCUGGCUUCCCUCCGCGGAACCGUGUCCAGGGCAGCCCUGGAGUUGUUAGAAGUUCACCACGCGGCGUUCGCGGCCGGCCGCGGAGGAGUGGACUGCUGGUCAGAAUCCUUGCUUCUUUCACGUCCUAUUCUUACUAAUAAAACGACUUGGAAAUCAUUCCGGAUUUUUUCCUCAUUGUUACCUGCAGGCUUUCAUAACCUAAGUCUUAAAUGUUUAAAAAAUAAUUGCCUCACCUCCGGCGUGUGAAAAAACAGAAAGGGAGUACGUUAAUGAGAUUCAGUGUGCCUGGCUGAAACUUUCAUUUGGACAUUUCAGUGUAUAUGCUGAGAUCAGAAACUGAAGUUUGCUGUGUCAAGGAGGAAAUGAUUACUGAUAACUUGGUCACCGUUUCAUUUCCUUUUUAAAAAUAUUUUUGAACAAUCGAUGCAGUCACAAAAUUCAAAAGAUGCUAAAGAAUACACAGACUCUCUCUCUCCACCCACCCCUGAACCCCCAACCACCAGUUUUACUAGUUUCUUGUGCAUCUUUCCAGAGAUUAUGCAUAUGCAAAUGACAUUCCAGCUUUCUUUUAAAAAUCGAGUUGUUGUUUAUUAAGUAUCUUGCAAUUAGUAGUUGCCCAGUAAAUGUUAAUUCUCCUUCCUCUGAGAAAGCAAUUUAGACUUCUUGCUUCUUAGACGACUGAGAAAGCAAUAAUGAGUUUUUUUUUUUUUUUCUGGUUUUAAGCAUUUACAGGUUUGACUACAUUGUUAGUGUGUGUUCUAUUAGUUUGUGAUGACUUAUGUGAAUACUUUUACACAAAUGUGAAUACACUGGUAGUUUUGGGUAAUGGGGCAGGGAGGGAGAAAUUCUUACGAAAUUAUAAGAUGGUAGGACAUACAUAACACGGAGUUCCAAAUAAAAAAUGAAGCAACUUAGUUUCCACAUAGUACAAUAGGGUUAAAACAAUCCGAAAAGAGAAAAUUGAGGCAAAGCAGGAGAAAAAGUAAGACAGGUCAAGGGAAAAGAUAAUACCAACCACAUGCUAUAAGAUCCUGUACUAGAAGGUGAGUCACAGUUUUGGUCCGGGCUUCCUAGUAGCCAGAAAAAGGGAGAGAGAGGCACAAACUAAGUUUCACUGUGUUUCUAAUUCUAAGAUAAAAACAAACCAGUUCUUCUGGCAAAGCAGGCAGGUCAUAUUCUGGUAAUGGGGCUUGAGAGACACAUUUUCUCAUGGGCUCUAAUUAAAAGCGAGCUUGUGUGAUGCAGCUUACAACAUUUUUAAAAUAUCUCUACGGAAAAUAGUGGAUUUUGAACAAUUUGUUCAAUAGUCUUCAAUAGAAGGCAAUAAUAAAAUUCUAAAGAUAAGCUCUCUGAAGACUUGACUUGAUCCAUUCAUAACAUUUAGAAUCACCUAGAAGAGUCUUCCCUGAGCUGUGUUCUAAGGAAUGAGAAAUAGCUUAUUUCUUGAAAAAAGGAUUUUGAGCUCAAAUAAGUUUAAGAUAGCUGGGGUAGAGAAAUUUCAGUAGUUUUUUACUGUAGAACUUCUUGGAAGUUUAAUGCGGUAAUGUUCAAGUUUACUUUUUUAAAGGAUAACAAUCUUAAUAUUUUGUGACCUUUGCCAGAUGUAUUUGACUAUGGAGCACAAAUUGAGAAUCACUGAACCUAUGGGGAUGGAUAGACUGCCUAUCCUUCAGGCAAUUCCUCAUGAGUAUUUCUCACAACUGAGGUUUAUAAGAAUUGGAGAGCAAAGAGUCCAGGUUAGACAAUUUGGUAAGGACCAAAAUGAAUAUACUCAAAGCCAGGAUGUUAAUAUACUGUAUAUCAAAGGAAAGGCUACUUUUCCCCUGAAUUCUUGCACCAAAAAAAAAAACCAAAAAAAAAACCCCACUACCAUGAAGUCGAUAUCAACUCAUAGUGACCCUAUAGGACAGAGUAGAACUGCCCCAUAGGGUUUCUAAGGCUGUACAUCUUUAGGGAAGCAGACUGCCACAUUGUUCUCCCUCAGUGUGGCUGGUGAGUUUGAACCAUCAACCUUUUGGUUAGCAGUUGAGUGCUUUAACCACUGCACCACCAGGGCUCCUUGAAUUCUUGCACAGUUUUUUAUUCAUCUUCAUGUUGCGAUAUCGGACCAAAUGACCUCUAGGACUUCUCCCUCUUUUCUUCAUGGCACUCAAUGAAUUACACUAGGUUUUUAGGCAAGUAGAAGUCCUUGAAAAAUGACUUUAAUUAAUUGUUCUAGGAUGUACACAUGUGAUCAAAUGCUCUGUAUCACAAACGCCAUUUAUACUAUUAAUUUAUUAUGAAGUCAUAGAAUUCUGUGGUUGUAAGAGACCCUUGAGAGACACUGUGGGACAUAUUGGAAAGAGCAAGGGAUUUGGAGCCAGAAAAUCAGGGAUCGUGCUGAUACCGUGCAGGGUUAUUUUCAGCAAGUUUAUGAACCUUUCAGAAUGUUUCCUCUUUGUAAGAUUAGAAUAGUGACAGCACACAGUUCAUUCAUGGAAUAGAUGUUGAGAGUCCACUUGGUGCUGGGUAGUAGAAAAACAGCUAUCUAUAUGGGUGCAAAUGAGAUGAUCUAUCAAAUCCUUUACUAUCUAAAUUUGUUCCAUUCCUGAGUGCAAAUGGCAAGAGUUUGGAGGGCAAGGAUUAUCACCUUAUCCAGAUGUAUUUGAUUUCUGAGUUUCAGAAACAUAAGAUGUGAGAGUUGAGAGAAUGAGGGAUUAGCCCCCAAAUUUAUCUGAAUUCAUUCAGUUCCUGUGUUUACAUAAUAAGAGAGUAGAUAAUGAGGGAGACUUAUAUGAAAGUACUUUAUAAAGCAUGUAGGGCUACACAAAAUGUUAUUCUGUGGAUAUACUGAGGUCACAGCUAUUCACUGUCUUCACUCCAUUUAUGAGAAAGGGAUUUGCUAAUUACUUCAGGCAGGGUAGGUUAUGUUAUGGUAAUGGAAGACUCCCUUAUCUUAGCAGUUUAAAACAACAGAGGUUUAUUUCUCAGUCACACUACAUGUUCAGUUAGGGUCAGCGGUAGAGCUCUGUUGCAGGUGGUCACUCAGCGCCCCAGGCUGUCAGAGGCUGUGUCUCAACACGUGCUGCCACAGUUGUUGGGGUACAGAAGGGGAUGCAGUGAAUGCACGUGGGUUUCUAAAGGCUUCUACUUGGAAGUGUAACAUGCAACUUCCACUGCCAUUUCGUUGACCAAACAAAUGACAUUGCCACACUCAACUUUAAGGGGGUGGGGGGAAAUGGAAUCCUACCAUGUACCCAGAUGGAGAACUGGAGUAGUCUGUGAACAACCUUAAUGACUGUUACACUAAGCAGUCUUUAUAGUCCUAUGAGCUAACAUAAAAUCUGAAUAAAUCAAAUCCAAAUUCUGUUUUUUAGUAUUCCAUUUAGGAAGUAGAAAACGGCAUUUCUUUGUGUAUGUAUUGUGUGUUUAGUCAUAGAAUUAUGCUAAUGAGAAUUGGAAAGAAUGUCUUUUACUAAUUGGAAAUGAAAUGCUUUUGCAAAUUGCACAAUUAGAUGUACUAUUUUGACCAAGUGAAUUUCAUUCUUUUUGAAUUAAAUUUCCAUUCAAUAAACACUUGUUAGAUGUGAUACGUAUACAGCACUCUGUUAGCUUCUAUGAGGAUACAAAGAAGAAUGGGGAGUUUACAACCCCAGUAGAAAAUAGCUGUAUUUGAGUUCUCUCUCUUUACCUUCCUCUUUAAGGCAACAACAAUAACAGAACUUUUUAGUAUGACAAAACCUGAUUGUGUAUAUAUAUGCUAUUAUACUUUGCCCGUCCCCUACUUUUGAUUCUAGUGAUUAUUUGGUGACAAAUUACAGAAACUUAAGUUAGCUUGAGCAAAAUGAAUGCUUUAUGAAAAGGACCUAGCUUAAUGUCACAGCCCAAGGGCAGGAAAUGCAUCUUAGCUUUAGAGGCAGCUGAUGUCUGUAAGGAGCCCUGGUGGCACAGUGGUUAAGAGCUUGGCUGCUAACCAAAAGGUCAGCAGUUUGAAUCCACCAGCUACUCCUUGGAAACCCCAGUUCUACUCUGUCCUAUAAAGUCACAGUGAAUUAUAAUUGAUUUGACAGCAACGGGUUUGGCUUGAGUUUUUUAAAUGUCAGUAAUAGAAGUCAGGAGCUGGGGCUUCUCUCCACCUCUCCAGGUCUGUAUAAUUUCUUGCCAGUGUCUCUACAUCAACUUCAUUCUUCUUCUCUGCUAACUUUCUCUAUUUUGCUAUUACCUAGGUGUCCUAAUCUAAGAGUUCACACCCUUAAAGGAAACUAACUAGAGCCUUUAGUAUUUCCAGAGGAUCUCAAUUUUUUUUAAGUGCCACAUCUUGGUUAGCUCUUAACUAAUGUCAGGUUUGAAAAUAAUGGAGUUAGCCUCAAGGUGUGCCAAGUUAGGAUAAUUGACGAGGCUCCCUAGGGCUUUGUAAUAGAGAAGGAGGCAGUUCUGUUAGCUUGCAAUUAAAGAAACUUGAGAUGCCUUCAAAAGUUCUGCUGCGCAGUUAACAUUAACUUGGGAAUUCUAGUGGGACAGACAGAUUACGGUAAUCAGGAUAAGGAGGUAGAACUGGAGCUGACUUGUAGCAAUAAUAUCUGCUCCCUGAACACUGACAAACACCAUCUCCAUUGUAAACCCUUCAUCCACCCUGUCUCCCUCUCCCAAGGUACAGAUAGAUACUGAUGGUCUAACUCUUACGAGUCACCUGCCUCUGAUACUGAUACAAGGCUCCCUGGCUUCUCCCCAUGGCUAAUAAUAGAGGAAGAAGUGUACUACCUUGCUCUACUCUUUUCUGCCAUCCACAUUGGUCUUCUAAAUACUCUAUCGGGAUAUUUUACAUUUUAACAUGCUAUUCCAUAUCCUACCACUGUAACUUACUUUUAUUCUCAAUAAAUUUCCAUUCUUUUUCUGUAAGCUAUGUGUACUUAGCUUCUCUAGCAGAGUUCUCUUGCAUUCUUUACCUGUGCAAUGUCCCCUUACUUAUUGGUUGAAAAAUACCAAUACCUUCACCUCAACAGAUAGGUGGCUGAAAUGGUGAGCCAUGGAGAGGUAGUAUAUGUUACCUGGAAUAGGGGAGUCCCAGAAAAAUAAUACUGUAGUAUUAUUAAUAGAAGAAGGUAAGCAAAAGCUAUAUAUGAGAUUAGGUGGGAUUUGUCAGGAAUAUAUGGUUAGACUAAAAAAAAAAAAAAGACCAAAAAGGAAGGGAAUUUAGGUUCUGAUUGUAGAAGACGUGGAAUGUCAUUCUAAGAUGUUCUUAUACUCUUGUUCUGUGCACAAAGGGGUCUUUUUAGGUUCAGCUAAACAUUCAGACUCACAAACCUACCAUGGGCUAGCUUACUCAGAAAGAGACAGGAAGUAUAGCUUGCCAAAGAAAAAGAAAAAAACCAUUGACGCUAUAGGACAGAGUAGAACUGCCCCGUAGAGUUUCCAAGGAGUGCCUGGUGGAUUUGAACUGCCAACCUCUUGGUUAGCAGCCGUAGCACUUAACCACUACGCCACCAGGGUUUCCAUAUCUUGCCAGCAGGGCAGAAUCAGAUAGAUGUUCCUUAUCAGUAGGAGCAGUCCUCGUAGCAGUCCAUGCAGUCAGUUCAUAUACCUAUCUGGGAGACAUCUAUCCAAGUGACAGCUCAGGUGCAAGGAGAGGAGACUCACAUCAAGUGGAUGCAGGAGCUACCCUGGUUUAAAAGCCUGUGUCCCACAGGAGCUAAUAUAUCUUACACAACUCCAUAGACUUAGCUGCCAGGGUCCCUGCAAGAGACAUGCCAAUUACAAGAGCUACUCAGUCAGGAAAAUCAAAGCUAUGGCUUCCCAUCAGGUAUUUAUAGUUUCUCUGGGAAAAAAAAAAAAAAAAAAUUUUUUUCUGGAAACCCUGGUGGUGUAGCGGUUAAGUGCUACAGCUGCUAACCCAAGGGUCAGCAGUUCGAAUCUGCCAGGCACUCUUUGGAAACUCUAUGGGGCACUUCUACUCUGUCCUAUAGGAUCACUACGAGUUGGAAUCAACUGGACGGCACUGGGUUUGGUUUUUUUUUUUGUUUUCUGAGUCCAGAUGCAAUUUACUGGUGUAGAGGAUCAUUUUUUCUAUAAGUAAUGUUGCCUAGUAACAUAGUUGAUAUAUCCACUUGCCAGGGAACAGAAGGGGGAAUAGUUUUGUGUACACUUUUAUUAUCCACAUUGCCUUUCAUAGUCCUUUUCAUUUGGUAAGUAUUCAGUAAUUUAUUUUGCUUGUUCUGGUGUAGUAUGUUUUAACUUUUUAUGACAGAUAAAAUGUGAAAUAGUAAGAGGUUGAAAGAGGAAGGUAAGGCUGGAAAGAUAAGCCAACACUGUUGUUGUUGGGUGCUGUCGAGUCAUUUCCAACUCAUAGCGACCCCAUGUGACAAAGUAGAACUGACCCAUAGGGUUUUCUUGGCUGUGAUAUUUACGGAAGCGGAUAACCAGUUCUUUCUCCUGCAGAGCCACUGCGUGUGCUCGAACCACUAACCUUUUGGUUAGCAGCCAAGCAGUUAACCAUUUGUACCAUCAGGGAUCCUUAGGCCAAGACUACUAGGUCGUUAAAAACUCUGCAUGCCCUACUAAAGAGCUUGGCUUGUAUUUAUCUUGUGGAUGAUUCAGAGGGGAAAAAAAGCUUUAAGUAGGAGUCAUGUAUCAAGAAUUACCCUUUACAAGGUUACCUUGGCAGAAACCCUGCUGGUGUAGUGGUUAAGGGCUAUGGCUGCUAAACAAAAGGUCAGCAGUUGUAAUCCACCAGGCGUUCCUUGGGAACCCUAUGGCAGUUCUACUCUGUCCUAUAGGGUAGCUAUGAGUUGGAAUCGACUCGACGGCAAUGGGUUUUCUGGUUGGUUUGUUUGUUUUUGACUGAUUAGAGGGUGUUUAGACUUGAGAUUAGUGGGUCGUUUCUGCUUAAUAUUUGUCUUCCUUUGAGGGGAUAUUUCUCUUAUAAAUGGAAAAGGAAUACUUAAUUCUGUGAUCAGUUCUGUGAUCUGCAGAAGUUUAAAUCGUUGGACAGGUUUAGCGUGAUCCUUUGGAGGGACCUGAAGCAGUUUGUCCUUCUCAAUUUAUUUUCCCUGUCCCACACUGGAGGUUGGGAGGGCUACCCUGAACUGCCUCCUGAGAACAGAGGGUUUAAUCUAGUGUAUUGUUGGCACUAAGAAAUUCUGGUUUUCACUGAUUCCCAUUUGACUCAUUAGCAUGCCUUCUAGAACAGUCUUUCGGUGACUUUUUUUUUUUUAAGGGCUAGUUUUAGGGCAAGUGAGGGAGUUUCUUCAGUGGUUAACUGGUUUAAUUAACAUGUGUGGCGAUUAGCUAUUUGUAAUUAUGAGCAGCUGAGAAACAGAGUGCUUCACAUUUUUCUCUUCCCAGAUGCUUACAUUGCCCUUUACUGCCCUUUCCUCAUCCAGACUUAAUGCUGUUCUAUCUAACACUGAGCAGCCAACUCAACAAAUCUGACUGCUUCUGCAGCAGAAUCACAUUGAUCUGUGAUUGACUCACUGUGUGUCCUGAGAACCCAGGGAACCUGGAUUAUGUUUGUGUCGAGAGAAUACUGAUUGAUUACUUUUUUCACCUGCAUCACCGUAAAGCUACAAGGAAGACAAAAACACUUAAACUGGGUUUGGUUCAGCAGGGCAUAUACUUCUCUUGUCUUGGUUGGAUGCACAAAUCUGUGUGCAGUGCUUUUUGCCCGUUGCCUAGACGAUCACUUGGUUUCUCUGAGGAUGUCUGGUUCUCGUAAAGAGUUUGAUGUGAAGCAGAUUUUGAAAAUCAGAUGGAGGUGGUUUGGCCAUCAAGCAUCAUCUCCUAAUUCUGCAGUUGACAGCCAGCAGGGAGAAUUUUGGAAUCGAGGACAGACUGGAGCAAAUGGUGGGAGAAAGUUUCUAGAUCCAUGUAACCUGCAAUUGCCUUUGGCUUCAAUUGGUUACCGAAGGUCCAGCCAACUGGAUUUUCAGAAUUCACCUUCUUGGCCAAUGGCAUCCACCUCUGAAGUCCCUGCAUUUGAGUUUACAACAGAAGAUUGUGGCGGUGCACAUUGGCUGGACAGACCAGAAGUGGAUGAUGGCACUAGCGAAGAAGAAAAUGAAUCUGAUUCCAGUUCAUGCAGGACUUCCAAUAGUAGUCAGACAUUAUCAUCCUGCCAUACUAUGGAGCCAUGUUCAUCAGAUGAAUUUUUCCAGGCCCUUAAUCAUGCUGAGCAAACAUUUAAAAAGAUGGAAAACUAUUUGAGACAUAAACAGCUGUGUGAUGUAAUUCUAGUUGCUGGUGACCGCAGAAUCCCAGCUCACAGAUUGGUGCUCUCCUCUGUCUCAGACUAUUUUGCUGCCAUGUUUACUAAUGAUGUCAGAGAAGCAAGACAAGAAGAAAUAAAAAUGGAAGGUGUAGAACCAAAUUCACUAUGGUCCUUGAUUCAGUACGCAUAUACAGGCCGUCUUGAAUUAAAAGAAGAUAAUAUUGAGUGCCUGUUAUCUACAGCUUGCCUUCUUCAGCUUUCACAGGUUGUGGAAGCAUGUUGUAAGUUUUUAAUGAAACAGCUUCACCCAUCCAACUGUCUCGGAAUUCGUUCUUUUGCCGAUGCACAAGGUUGUACAGACUUGCAUAAAGUGGCUCACAAUUAUACUAUGGAGCAUUUCAUGGAAGUAAUUAGAAACCAGGAAUUUGUAUUAUUACCAGCCAGUGAAAUUGCAAAGCUCAUGGCCAGUGAUGACAUGAACAUUCCUAAUGAGGAGACAAUAUUGAAUGCACUUCUUACUUGGGUUCGUCAUGAUUUGGAACAGAGACGGAAAGAUCUCAGUAAACUUUUAGCUUAUAUUAGGCUCCCCCUUCUUGCACCACAGUUCCUGGCAGACAUGGAAAAUAAUGCACUUUUUCGGGAUGAUAUAGAAUGUCAGAAACUUAUUAUGGAAGCAAUGAAAUACCAUUUAUUACCAGAGAGACGGCCCAUGUUACAAAGUCCUCGGACAAAACCUAGGAAGUCAACUGUUGGUACAUUGUUUGCAGUUGGAGGAAUGGAUUCAACAAAAGGAGCAACAAGCAUUGAAAAGUAUGAUCUCCGCACAAAUAUGUGGACCCCUGUAGCAAAUAUGAAUGGGAGGAGGCUGCAGUUUGGUGUCGCAGUGUUAGAUGACAAACUGUAUGUGGUUGGAGGAAGGGAUGGCCUGAAGACUUUGAAUACAGUAGAGUGCUACAACCCCAAAACAAAAACCUGGAGUGUGAUGCCUCCAAUGUCCACACAUAGACAUGGCCUUGGUGUGGCUGUAUUGGAAGGUCCCAUGUAUGCAGUAGGAGGGCAUGAUGGCUGGAGCUAUCUGAAUACAGUGGAAAGAUGGGACCCUCAGGCUCGCCAGUGGAAUUUCGUUGCCACCAUGUCCACCCCCAGGAGCACAGUAGGUGUGGCAGUACUCAGUGGAAAACUUUAUGCGGUUGGUGGUCGUGAUGGAAGUUCUUGUCUCAAAUCAGUAGAAUGUUUUGAUCCUCAUACCAAUAAAUGGACACUCUGUGCACAAAUGUCAAAAAGAAGAGGUGGAGUAGGAGUAACUACCUGGAACGGAUUGCUCUAUGCUAUUGGAGGACACGAUGCACCUGCAUCCAACUUGACUUCCAGACUCUCAGACUGUGUGGAGAGAUAUGAUCCCAAAACAGAUAUGUGGACUGCAGUGGCAUCUAUGAGCAUCAGCAGAGAUGCAGUGGGCGUCUGUUUACUUGGUGAUAAACUGUAUGCUGUUGGAGGAUAUGAUGGACAGACUUACCUUAAUACAGUGGAGGCUUAUGAUCCUCAGACAAACGAGUGGACCCAGGAGGGAUCAACUGUGGAGCAUAUAUCUGUAUUUAGGUGGAAAGGAGAGAAGAAGAGACAAAGGUAUAAGAAACAAAACUCUUGAGAGCUCAAAUGUGUCAGUAUAUCAUCAUCUGCUUGUGGAAGCUUAGACCUGCUGUUUGAAUGGAAGUACAUAUAUUGCAGCCAUCCCUAUAAACACUCAUUGCUCACUCUCUUGUUCCCUUGGCCGCAGGGAGGCCAGAACACGUUAAAGAAAGGAACUUAUUCUCCUCUCUAAGGUCCUUCCUUUCCUUGAGAGGAUCUAUCAGAGGAAAGCCCCUUUAUUUUUGAUCCUGACAGAGGGCCUCUCUAAUGCAGUUUUGUAGGCAGUAGGGCCUGCUGUCUUGGAUACUGGUAAAGAGACCCAUUUCUUCUCUAGUGGCAGGGCAUUAGCCAAAACAUUCCCUCUUCCUCUUGUCAGACAUUUCAUAACUCUAGAGAAAAAUAUGGCUGUUCGUUGCAUCCAUCCUCCAACAUUUCUGUCUUGACUUCUAUUAACCUGUCCAUUGAGAUGUCUGGAUGCUCUUUAUUUAUUAAAAAGUAAUAAUAUUUGAUAUUAAUUGUUGAAUGCUUAUUAUCAGUUAGAAACCAAGUCCUCACAAUAAGUGAGGUAUUAUCUGUUAUAUUCCCCUUUUUAUAGAUGAGAUAACUGGGACACAGAGAAGUUAACCACAAGAUAAUACAUCAAGUAAGCGGCAGAGCUGAGAUUAAAACAGUCAGCCUGACUCUGGAUCCACACUCUAUCAUUCCUGCCUCUAGGCAAAAAAGGAGAGAGAGACUUCAUUAUGUGAGGAAUUGUUUAUUUUAAUAAAAAGAAAAAUUAAGAAUAUCGAUGUGGUGUAGUGAAACGCAGAUGAAAUUGUGCACUACAAAUUAGUAAGCAAGCACAAGUAAACCCGUGCUUACCUUGCUUAUUGGAUAAUCUCCCCUGCCUAUGCUGUGGUCACCCUGGGCUGAUCCUCACUUCCUGAACAUACUCCGGCUUUUCGACUUCCAUGCUCAUGCUGCUCUCCACCCCUGCCCUUCCCUCACCUGCCUCAGAUGUGUGAACAAGGAAACCUCAUGGAUUCUUUUUGUCCUGUGAUUCAGAAUCUGUGAUACUGUAAACCACACUCAAAUGCCUCUAAGGUAGUUUACCUCAAAGAGCAAGUCUGUUUCAUAUUUAUAUUCAACAAAUAAUUAGUGAGAGCCUGUUAUGAAGACGUGGCAAUAGAUAAAGUGCUGCCUGCUACAGGAGUUACAGAAAUAUACCUUUGUCUAUGUCCUUAUGGAGCUGACAUUCUUUCCCUUCCUUUGUUUUAGGAUCUAUUAUGUAAGAUUUUAGUCUCCCUGCUGUUUUGCUCAAUGCCUUAUUAGCAGUUAUUAUUUAUUAUUGUUGGAGUCACAAAACAAUAUUGGUUGUUGUGUGGGUAUUAGCAUCAUGACUAGCCCUUGCUGGAAUAAACAAAUUCUCAAUUGGAUUACCGUACUCCCGAGUCCUCUGCAGCUUUGCUGCUGAGUUGCUAAUACAGAGUCAGACAGAUAAGUAGGUCAGCUCUUGCCAACUUAUUACCCAGCAUUUUCUUUCUCUGAAGUUCUCACGGUACAGCUAUUCCUGCCGCUUCCACAGAGACAGCUCUUUGAAAGACAGCUUCUUUGACUGACCUCAUCACCCCAUCUACCACUAAGCGAGGACCUCUUCCACAAAACUUACUCCAUCUAUGUCUCAUUUGAACUAUUCGCUUUAUCAUGUAUUGUAGAUUUCUAAAGGUGUGUAACUUUAAAGAAAACUUCCUUUCUUAAUUACGCUACUUCUACUUCCUCACUUAAAGAAAUAUGUUUUUACUAUCUUAAAAAGUGACGAUAGACCUUUUCUGAAUAGAAUUUUUUCAUAAAAAUCUAUAUCAAACAAUCUGACAAGGUUUUAAACAUAGCAUAGUCAUGACUUUAAUACCUUGAGUAUGCAUUACUUACAGCCAUAAUUGAAUGGCGAUUGAGUCAUUAUUUGCCUGUCCAACCUAUAUUAGGAUCAAAAAACCCAUUGCUGUCGAGUUGAUUCUGACUCAUAGCAACCCUAUAGGACAGGGUAGAACUGUCACCAUAGAGUUGUCCAAGGAGUGCCUGGUGGAUUUGAACUGCCGACCUUUUGGUUAGCAGCCAUAGUACUUAACCAGUAUGUCACCAGGGUUUCCCAACCUAUAUUAGCUACUUUUAAACCACAAUCCUAUUAUACAAGUGUUAUAAUCAAAACUCACCAAAAUUUGAACAUAAAGUUUAUUCUGAGCAGACAUUCUAUGUGCAUAUACCAAAAAACCAUCCUGCUGCCAUCAAAUCAGUUGCACCUGAUAGCAACCCUAUAAGACAGAGUAGAACUGCCCCAUAGAGUUUCCAGGGAGUGGCUGGUGGGUUUCAAUCGCCAACCCUUUGGUUAGUAGCCAAAUGAUUACUACUGUACCACCAGGCUCCAUAUGCAUAUAGGGAGACCGUUUUCAUUCCAGAAAAAGCAAAUGGCGUACAAUGAGGCUUAUAAAGAGUAGAUGAGGGAGAAAUAUAGAAGAUCAACCACUGUCUAAUCUUAACAUGAUUGAAUAAACACUGCCUUCGCUUUUACUGAGAUCAGCUGAUACCAGGUUACUUCUGGCCAACCUGCUAAUGAUUUGGCCCUCCACCCACCUGCAGCCAGGAGACUUUUUGAGAUUUAAAUUAGGAGGUGAUGGUUUGACAACUAGCGUCUUCCAGCAGGAUAAGAUAAAUUUACACUGCUGUAGAGGAGUUUCUGGCAGGCUUUUGCAGUUUGGGUCAGGCUUUUUAUGGUUAAUAUUUGGUUUCAUGGAUAAGAAAAACCUUAAAAUGAAAGUAAGAUGUCCAUUACUAAUUUCCUAUUCAACACAAAUAAUAUUUGUUCAAUAAGAUAAAACUAUUUUAAAAUACCACAAUUAAAUAUAUUUAUUAUCCACAAAGAAAUGCAGCCAUAUGGAACCAACUUUAGCCUAGGCAAAGGCCCAGGGCACUAAAUAUGGUUUCCAAGCUUCCUUGGCUUUGCUUCUAAACUGCACCCCAUUAGCCAAGAGGAAAAUAAUUACCCAAGGGGAAAAUAAGGAUGGCACAAGGGCUAGUCAUGGAUGCUGAUACCCACAUAGCAACCAGUAUUGUUUUGUGACUCCAGCAAUAAUAAAUAACUGCUAAUUCAACAGCUUUCUGUGAGCCAGACAUUUUUAAGUGCUUUAUAUAAUUUUUUCUCAACUCGACGGCAGUGGGUUUAGUGGGUUUUUAUAUAAUUUAUUCAUUUAAUCCUCAUAACUACAGUAGGCGGUGGGUAAUUAUCAUCAUCACCAUCUCCAUUUUAUAAAUGAGACUGAAACUAAAAGCAGUUAACUACAGCCAGUCAGUGGCAGUAUCUAGAUUAGGACCCAGAAGUUUGGUUUCAGUGCCUGUGCUUUUAACCAGUCUGUCAUACUGCCCCUCUAAGGGUUAUAAAAUAGCAAAACCCACAGUCGUGGCAACCUAACCUUUGGCUUGCAUUAGAGAAAGAACAGUAAAUAAUGCAGGAUAGUGGUGGUAAACUGAGACGAUGGAUGAGCAAGUGCAUUAGAUUGAGUGAAGGGAUGCCCCAUAUGUGUGUAUUUGUUUUGUGGGAGUCACUGCAAGGGGAAUUAAUGAUAGUUAAUAUAGGGUUGAUGAAAAUAUUAGUCAUCAGCCUAAAAUGUUUUCCUAACUUUUUAACAAUGUAUCUAGGCUCCUCUCUCUUUAUACAUACAACAUAAUGUACUUUAAAGAGGUUGUGGUUCAGUUAACACAUACAAGGCUUUGAUAGUGGAAAAAAAUUAAACAUGUUCCCUAGAUGCCAUAGGAACGUUUAUAAGCAUGAUAAUUCUCUUUUCCUUGCCUCCAUAAUACUGUGAACCAGAGCUUUAAAAAGAAUUUAAGGGAAUGUGGAAGUAUCGGUUUGGAUUUAUUGGCAGCACAGAACAGAAACCUGACUUUGGUGACUUGACCUAAUCCUGAGCUUUAUUCUCACAUAAGAAGAGGCUGGCAGUCCAGGGCUAGUUCAGUGGCUCCACAGUGCACUAAUAUCCCAGUCUCCUCUCUUUUCACCUGCCUUUCUUAACAAGUGGCCUCCCAUGCUUGUUGCCUUAUACUUGCAAGAUAGCUGCUAGAGCUGGUAUUUCAAUGUAGGCAGACUGGCUCCAUAUUUAUACUCUUAACCACUAAGCUAUGCUAUCCUCUUGUUUAUCAAAUUUACUUAUAUGUAUUUUCUAAGUAUUGGAAAGGUUAAUACAGUUGCAUGAAUAAGUAAUUUAGCCUCUUCCAUUCUUCUCUAAUAAGGAACCUUCUAAUAUGGAACUCAAAUAAGAUCAAAUAAAACCAAAAUUAGAAGGGUUACCAAGUAUUUAGGAUCUCAUAAAACAUGAAAUAUUUGGAAAUCAUUUUCAGUGGGCUUUGAGGAAUAAGAAAAGGGAGAUAGAGAAAUGCUUUAGAGAAAAAAAAAAUGGGGCGGGAACUCCAGUAGUAGUUUCUGAAUGACAGAAGAACUGCACUAUAAUAAGUUUCAGAUAUAACAUGAGUUAAGUCGUAUCUUGCAAAGUCUGUGGACCACUUGAAAUAUGCAAACCCCACAACACAGCAUUUCUAUUCCUAAAUAUUUUUCCAAUAGAAAUAUAUAUUUAUUCACAAAAGAAAUGUACAAGAGUGUUCACAACAGCACUAAACUGAAAACUACCCCAAUGCCAUCAACAGUAGUAUUUUUGCACAGUGGAAUAUUAUACAGCAAUGUGGAUGAAACAAAACAAUAUACAACAACAUGUAUAAUUCUCACAAACAUUAUAUUGAGCAAGAGAAGCCAGACACAAAAGAUUACAUACUGCAUGAUUCCACUUAUAUAGUUCAAAAACAGGUAAAACUAAUCUAUGAGGUGUUUGAAGUCAGGAUAGUGGUUGCCCUUGAGGGCACGGUGACUGGAAAGAGGGAUGUGGUUAGGUGGAGGCUGUAUUUGGAUAUGCUGUAAUAUUAUAAUUCUUCAUUGAGGUGCUAGUUACAUGGAUGCUUUCACUUUGUGAAUAUUUAUCAGGCUGUACCCUUAUGAUGUAAGGUACUUUAUGUAUGUUUUACACAAUUAAAAAAAAAUUGUUUAACCAAAUUGUGUUAGUUUCUCUUCUGCCAGAAACAUUACAGUAGACUUCCAAAUUUUAUUGUCCUUUUAUUCAAUAUUUGGGUGGUGGGGAAAUUUUAUAAUAACUUCUCUAUGGUACAUAAAUCUUGCAAUAAGAUACAGUCAUUGCAAAGACUGUACAGAUGAUUGCUCAGUUCCCUUCCAGCUCCAGUAUUCAAUAACGUAGAUUGAGUUAUCUGAACGUCUCUUCUUUGCCCAACCCACCAGACAUGUAUGUCUGGAUAUUAUUCCCAGCCAGAAUUAUUCCCAGCUGGUAUGCAGAAUGCUACAGGGGUUAUAUCACCCUCUUGCUUAAGCUUUCUAGUUGUCAAUUAUGGCUUUAGGAUUACUUGAACAGCUUCUGAAAUACGCAGAUGCCUGACCCCUAUUUCAGAUAGGAUAUCUUAAGACAUCAGUCGUAGCCAGAACCUGGGUGAUUCUAAUGUGCAACCACAAUUGGGAACCAUUACCUAGCCCCAUCCUACAAAAUGGUGGCUUACCCUCCUCUCAGCCUGUAUCACUGUCUUACCAACAUCUUCAAAUCAAGGCACCUUGUGUUAUAUCAAGGGCAAACUUCUCUUGCACCCUUUAUCACUUUCCCAUUGACAGAGUCAAUUCCGACUCAUAGUCCCAAAGGGUUUCCAAGACUACAAUCUUUACAGAAGCAUACUGCUACAGAGCGGCUGGUGGGUUCAAACGGCUGACUUUUCAGUUAGAAGCUGAGCGCUUUGCCACUGUACCACAGGGGUCUAUCUACAGAAAACAGCACCUAUGGCAAUUAGUUUCAAACCGCUGAAUGAUCUUACAGCUGCUGAUAGAAACUGUGAUGGCCAAUAGAAACUGCUCGUUAGUACUUCUCGAGA